GCCAGACAGUCCCACCCACACGACAUUCUUUUGACGACUGACGGGCGACGGGCAACAUACUAACCGACAGCAACCGCAAUGGCGAUCAAACACAACAAUCAAAUUCCCAACAACCAUUUCCGCAAGCAAUGGCAGACUCGCGUGCGGACUCAUUUUGACCAGCCUGGGCGCAAACAUCGUCGCCGUAAUGCUCGUUUGGCCAAGGUUGCUGCGGUAGCUCCUAGACCCAUCGACCUCCUUCGUCCCGUUGUUAGAUGCCCGACUAUCAGAUACAAUCGCCGUGUUCGUGCUGGUCGUGGAUUCACACUCGAGGAGCUUAAAGAGGCCAAGAUCCCCCGUAAAUUCGCCUUGAGCAUUGGAAUUCCCGUCGACCACCGCAGACAAAACACCUCGGUCGAGUCCCUCCAAGCCAACGUUGCCCGACUCAACGAGUACAGAUCCAAACUCAUCCUCUUCCCCCGCCGUGCUAAUAGGCCCAAGUCCGGUGAUGCCUCCAAGGAAGACGUUACAACUGCCACACAGACUCGUAAUGUCGCUGCUGUCUUCCCGAUUAACCCUAACCCUGGAAGGACUGAAUUCGCCGAACGCACUAUUACCGAUGCUGAGAGGGAGAGGAACGUGUUCAGGGAAUUGCGCGUUGCCCGAGCGGACGCUAGAAACGCUGGUGUUAGGGAAAAGAGACAGAAGGCCAAGGAAGAUGAGGCAGCAGCUAAGAAGAAAUAAAUAUUUUCUUCCUUUCUUGUUGGUAGCCGGGUGCCGAAAAUGGUUGUUUUGUCUUAUGUUUGGUUGGGAUUUUCUUGUUCUCUCGGGGUUUUUUCUUCCCUCUUUCUUUUGGCAGCCUGUUCUUCCCUGCUUCCAAAAUAAAAGGACUCCAUUGUUUCUCCAUGGGGAAUACAUUGGGAUUUAAAAAAUGA